AUGUCGCAACCAGUACAGAACAAAAAGGAUACUAUCUGGCAUGGUGACGGCCGCGAAGAAGCCCUCCAGACAUACCUCGUCAACCACCCGAACCUGGCAGCCCUACGAAACAGCCCCACCGAAAUCCUAAACACAAUCGACAACUGGGCGGCUGAAAACAACUACCCCAUGAUGACAGUCGGGCGAGACCGUAGUAAGAAUGUCCUCGACGAAAUCCGAUCUGCCCGUCCAAAGGUGAUGGGCGAGCUAGGCUUGUAUAUCGGGUACUCAGCGAUUCUGUUCGGGAACGAAGUGCGGAAUGCUGGUGGAAGUAAGUACAUCAGCUUCGAGAAUAACCCCGAGUACGCGAGUCUCGCGAAAUGGAUCGUGGAGCUUGCAGGAUUAGGUGAUUUCGUGCAAAUUGUCGUUGGGAAUAGUGCGAAUGGGCUUUUACAGCUUGCCGGUGAUACUGAAACGAAGAUUGUGUUUGAUUUCCUCUUUAUUGAUCACUGGGAGGGGGUCUAUCUUAGUGACUUGCGCAUCUGCGAGGACCAUGGGCUUGUCAGGAAGGGGUCGGUGGUUGUUGCUGAUAAUGCUGCCAAUAGAGGGGCGGCCGACUAUGUGCGCUGGGUCGAGGAGGGAGGGAAGUAUACCUCGACGAGAGUGCCCUGUGUGCUUCCGGAUGGGAGGAAUGAUAUUGUUCUUAUUUCGCGACUGUUGUGA